AAAUCCAAAAUAAUUGUUAAAAGAGCAGAUUAAAAAUCACAUUAACACACAUUAAUAGUGCACCAACAAACAAAGUUGCAGAGAAAUGAUGUUGAAUAUGUCGAAUAAAUUUGAUAGCUAUCAGCAUAGUCUUGGUAGUAGUACUAAUCUUUCGGCAUCAAUGUCAACAGCUUGUUCGGCUGAGUUAACUGCUGCAGCGGCGGCUGUGGCUGCGGCCGCUUCAAAAGCCGAACGUGAAUCGAUACAUUCGGGACAAUUUAUGGUUUCGCAUUUUGAAGCUGAAGAGGAAGCCCAAGAUGAUCUCGCCGAUGCUGGUGAUGCUGGUCUUAUGAUUGAUCCAGAUACGGAAGACUUAACAAAGCAAGAUGAGUCCUAUACUUGUAUGGAAGUGCAAUUGUAUAGACCAUUUAAAAAGUCACAUCUACAGCGUGAUGGAAAUACAUCAGUUGAGUUAAUAACAUCGCAUCUAGAAAUUGAAACAUCAUUAAGAAAACUCUUUAAAUGCAUGAAUUUGGCUUAUAGUCAAAAACUUACAUCGCCUAAAUGGAAUCACUUCAAAGGUAUACGACUGCGAUGGAAGGAAAAAAUUCGUUUAAACAACGUGAUCUGGAGAUGUUGGCACAUGCAGUUUAUCUUAAAACGCAGAACUCCGGUGUGCCAAUUCGCAUCACCCUUGGACGUUGAUAUACAUAGUAAUCCACAAAGCGUCGUGCUGGAAGGUAAAUAUUGGAAACGACAAGUCGCUGUAAUUCAAGCAGAAUACAGGAAAUGGAGACUCAAUUCAAAAUCCAAAGCCAGUGGAUGUUUGACCUACGACAGUAAAAGUGAUUUUGACUUCUUUCAGUUUUCUCCCUCAAGUAGAAGUUACACUUAUAUUGAUGAUUGGACCAAUGAUACACUUUUUUCUUCUAUAAAUGUACCUUUUCCUUUUCCAGACUCAAGAGAAAUCGCUCGUGGUGCUGGUAAUUCUGAUUUCAUACAACCAAGUUUGGGACCCUUACAACCAAAUAUAGACGAUAUCGGAAUAACAUUUGAAGGUAUGUUUAACUUAAUAAAUAUUUUAUUAAGUGAUGUUUUCUCAUUUCUACUUUGUUUUUUUUUUUAUCCAUUAGAACUACUUAAUCCACGUUUGCCACCUGUACCCGAAGAAGGUGCUGAUGAUAUGCUAAAAAGCGUUGAAUAUGGUUUUUCAGCGAUUAUGGGAGCUGACUCGAUGGAUCCGAGUAACAUUAUGGAAAUCACUACAGGUGGCGUUAGUCAAUUACAAAACACUGAGGAUGCAAAUAUGCUGGAGCUAAAUACACCAUUGGACUCAUUACCAUAUGAAGACCUUCAAUCACAAUUUGCACGUCAAACAAAUUCAGAUGCAGUUACACUAUUAGGGAGCCAAGCAACAAACAACUCAGAUAUGGUUGUCUCAGAUGAUACAAUUAUGACUGAUGAGCGCUCAGCUUCAUUGCUCCCAGAAGUCUCUACAUUGACUCGCGCACAGAACAAGCAAUUUAGUAAUAUUUCCGACACAACAUUGGGUAGGCAACUUUGCAAUGAUUUUACUGGCAAAAGUGUCAUUAAAGGACGUAUAUCAAAACCAUUUUCAAGACCUUUUAGACGUGAACCACAUAAUUAUGAUAAGACACAGCCAACAUUGCAUCAAUUUAACAUAUAUAAACAUUUUGCUGAACAACAAAAGGCACAACAACAACAACAUCAGUACCUCCAAACACAAAUGACAGACAAUGUAUUACAAACACAAGCCAAUUCUUAUCAAUGGCAAAAGCAACAACAACAGCAACAAUCUCAACAACAACAACUGCUCUAUUCGACUACAGGAGGUACACUCAUUGGCAAUGGGAACAAUAACUACGCAUUUAACAAUGAUGUGGCUGCCACAAUUGGCGGACUACAUGUAAACAACAAUAUGCUUGGCUUACAGGGUAGUAUAAACAAUGCUGACAACUAUAACUUUGUACAAACAAACAGCAAUGUACAACCACAGACACAGGUGACAACAACGGUUGCUGCAACACCUACACACAACAUAUUGCUUGGGACCAAAAUAGAACAAUCUCCUGCAAAAGUUCUAUCCGUUUAUAAUUUAGCAAAUGCAAACGAUAUUUAUGUUAGCAACAAUAUUGUCAACAAUAGUGUUGGUAGCAAUAAUACAAAUGCUUAUGAACCCUAUUCAAAGUCUGCAUCUACGGGUGCAUAUAUAAAUAUACGCACAUCCACAGUACCCCAAACUUAUAUGCAGGAGCAAUCGCAACAAACAGCCACGCAUAUGCACGCACAAUCAUUGCCAUUAAGUCUAAAUGGACCAUUUUCCGCAUUAGCGAAUUCAUUACAACGAAAUCAAGCACUUGCACAAAGUCAAUUAACGCCUGCUUCUAAUCAACAACAGCAUCAACAACACCAACAGCAGCAACAGCAACAACAACAGCAGCAGCAACAUUUGGUACAGCUGCAUCAGCAGCAGCAACAAGAACAACAACAACAAAAUCAAGUCAAUUUACAAAAAGAAAUGUAUCGAUCCAAUAGUUUACCGCUCAGCGUAACUCGCAUUUCGCAAGAAAAUUUCGUUGUACCGAAAUACACGAAAAACAAUAAAUCACGCACACGUAGUAACUCCAUUCAUCAGCACAGCGUUGGCUCAGCUAGCGGUACAAACAGUAAAAUUUUAGUGUCACAACGAUUACAAGAAGCUAGCAGCGAUCCAAUGCUGAACAGCACAUUGGCACAAUUGCUAACAACUAAUACUAGAAUGCCACAGUUGGGUAAACAACAAAGUUCUUCUACAAGUGCCAUAUCAAGCUUAAAUGUGCCAAUGACUAUUUUACCCUUAUCUUCAAAAACUGCAUCUAAUAAUUCAACAAUGGUCGCUGUGCCUGCUUCUAACAUUUUUAUGCCAUUAACACAAUCUUCACCAACAGCACAAUUGGUUGGUGCUAGUAGUACACAACUGACAACAAAUACAAGUUCAGUGCAAGAAGUGCUACAACGUCAGCAGCACCAAACACAACUGCAGCAUCAACAGCAACAGCAACAGCAGCAACCACAUAAAUCGCCAAAGAAAUCAACAUCAUUGCCAACGCCUAGUGUGACACCAAUGAUAAUGCACAGUCCACCUAACAGUAAGUUAUUAACUUAUCCACCAACACCAUCGACAUCUUCGGUAGCGAGUUCACCACACAUGCGACUUUCACCGGAAUCAUUUCAUGAUCAAGACUCACCGCUUUCACCGAGUCAUAGCAUUAAAUAUCCACGUGAUAUGCAACGACGUGCUGGACAUAUACAUGCUGAACAAAAACGACGUUGCAAUAUUAAAAAUGGCUUUGAAAUGCUUAAUUCACUUAUACCACAAUUAAAACAAAAUCCGAAUGCUAAGUUAAGUAAAGCGGCCAUGUUACAGAAAGGCGCCGAUCAUAUUAAAUAUUUACGAACUGAACGCGCCGCACUUAAAAAGAAAAUGGAGACAUUACAGGCAGAACGAGACGUUCUAAAUAAUUCAUUAACACACCUGCAGUCUAUAUUACCAGCAAAUGGAGCUCCAGUAACACGUCAGGGUACGGAACAUGUUCGUCAAUUGUAUGAACAGUACAUCAAGUAUGGCACUAUGAACAAUUGGAAAUUUUGGAUUUUGGGCCUUAUAUUGGAACCAUUACUAGCUUCAUAUACUUCUUCAGUUUCAAGUGCCAGCAUGGAAGAGCUGCGACGUACAGCAUUUUUGUGGGUUGAACAACAUUGUUCACUCAUUGACUUACGUCCAGCUGUUUCAAAUAAGCUUAAAUACUUAUCCAGAAAUACUGAUAUCUUAUCAGAUCCCCCAUCAACACUGCAAGAAGAAGUCGUAAAGGCCGUUCACAAUACAAACGGUCAGCAUCCAAAUCUACACGGAACUUAACAAUCGAAAUUUGGGAUUAAAGUGAUACAUGCGUUUUGAAACGCCUCUUUUUAUAACUUUUAUUGUUUAUUUUAUGCUCUAAUUUUAUUAAAAUAAUAAUUUUAAUUAUUUUUUUUUUUUUUGAUUUCGAAAGGAAUAGUUACGAUUCUUAUUUAUGAUUUUAUGAAAAAAACAACAACAAUUGUACAAAU